AUGGUUAAGUUUAUAUCAACUAUAAAAGCAGUGAUCACCCGCUUACUGUUUGCAUCCCAUGGAUUUAUCGCAAUUUGGCAAGUGACGUCCUUCAAAAAAAAUCCUUUUUACUGGUACCUCAGUUCACCGAUUUUAUUGUUGUUCUUCGAGGGAAUAUUUACUAUUGCAAUAAAAACUCACCAGGAAUGGAAGUGGUUCUGCCCAUCAGUGUUUCUUUACCUCACAAGUGUCGUCCCAGCAAUUUGGCUUUUGGAACUGGAUAAACUAGAAACUCGAUUAAAAUCACGUACCACAAAUAUAAAUAUAUCAGAAACAAUAGACAUCAGUAAUUUAGCAGCAGAAGACUUGAAAAAUUUGGAAAAAAUAUUUGGGUCGAUCAACUUCAAAUUACCUGAUAUCCAAAUAUCAACAGAAACAUGGGUCACCCUGAUAGAGCAAUUUCUAAUGUUAGUACUAAUUGUUGGUCGGUGGAUGUUACCUAAGGGAGACUUGACACGUGACCAAUUGAGCCAGCUUUUGCUUGUCUAUAUUGGAACAGCCGCAGACAUAAUAGAGUUUUUUGAUUCCUUCAAAGAAGAUGUUAUCGGACAGGAGUACGUUCUUGUUUAUCUGACUUUGGGCAUAUGGUCAUGGUCCUUGAUGCAAUUCACAGUUGUAUUGACGGCAACAAAAUCACGAAAAUCGAGAUUGUCAUCAGGGACAACAGUGAAAAGAAAAGUACCCACUGAAACAAGCUGUUGCAGUAUUGACACUUGGGGUAUAACUCUCAAUAUUUUACUUCAGGAUGCUCCAUUCCUUGCAUUUCGUCUGAUUAUUAUUGUCCAUUACCGUAUCGUUAGUUAUAUGAACAUUUUUUUCACUUGCAAGAAUACUCUGGUUAUUUUACUUCAGUUGUAUAGACUCUGUGUGGUACACAGUGAAAACAGAAGCAAGCGGAAACGGAGGAAAUUGAAACAAAGACAAAAAUACGAAAUACCAAAUAUCAGUAUUAUAUCACGCGAUGAUGCUGUUUAUAACUACGAACAUUCACAUUCGAAAAAACGACGACGGAACUAUGAAGAUGAUUCAUCAGAAUCCGAUGAUGAUUUUUCUGUUAAAGAAAACGAUAUUUAUGAACUAUCAGUUAAAGAUUUGUCACGAAAUAAAAGGAGUAAUAUUAGACAAGAUACUGGAUAUUCUACUUCUAGCUCGCGCACUUCGUCCAAAAAUAAUAAAAUCCAUAAGGAUGAUAAAAGACGAGUUUUAAUGCGUCAUCGAGAAGUCGAUAGCGAAGAGUUUUAUGAUCUAGAUGAUGAAGUUGAAGUAAAGCGAAAACAGAGAGACAAAAAUAAGGGAAAAAGAUUAAAGAAAGAUGAUUUCAAAAAUGAUAAAGAAAAAAAUAAAUCGGUUAAGAAGAAAUCAAAAGUUUGUAACUUAACUUCAGAGGAAUGUGAAGAUAAGAGUGCUUAUAAAAGUCAGAGCGAAUCAGAUAUUGAAUCUGACCAUAGGCAA